AAAGCUGUGGUCCGAAAUAAAAGAAUUGAAGUGUCUUGUAGGGGUAUCGCGACCAGACCGAGACCUCCUACAAGUAAAAUCCAGCCACUGCAUCUGUUCGUUGAAAGCUUCGUCGCUGAAAAGAAAGCCGUGAACUGACAAGAGCAACCUACGUACCUAGAUCAUCUAACAGUGGUUUCAACCUGAAAAAGCAAGAUCACUCGAAGUAAAGCAAAUCCAAACAAAAGAAGACGAGAGUGACAAGGAGACACAGAAGAUCCAAUAAAUGCUACCACACGUCGAAGGAGAUCCACCGGUCAAGAUCUUCACUCAAACCGAUUCCUAGUAGUGAUCCUUCACAUCUUCGUCAGACGAGUACAAGCAGCAUACCAAGAUCAGUACGGUUUCGUAUAUGAUAGGCUAUGGACAAUGUGUAACUCUAUUUUGAAGAAAAUCAAAACACUUGACAAGUGCCUACACCAACAUGGCAAGUUUUCGUCAUCUAUGAUCGUUCUCUCCAUAUGAAACUCCAAUUUCAACACAGGACGCUGCUUCUACUUGACUUAGGUCGAAUCCUUAUAAUCUUUUCACUUCGUUUCAUCGCUUGACUCUUCUUGUUUGCUUUCCGCAAAUAGAUUCUAAGUACCGUUAACACAAGACUCUGUUAAACUGUUACUGUCAUCUUCGUCGUUUUCAACUACAGUCACAAAAAUGUCGGCUGCUAUCGAGGAACAAAAGAUCGUUGUCGAAGAGGUCGAGAAGGAGGUCGAGCCUGCCGCCAAGAAGCAAAAGAUUGAAGAAGCGUACUACUACUUAUUCUAGAUACUUCUUGGACAACUUAUUUACAUGAGAUUGAAUGACAUUUUUUAUGUUGAGAGUGAGUCAUACAAAUUUAUUUUCCUGUCGUGUCUUUGCAAGAUCAUGUGUUACAGAAGAACUUGAUUGUAUGAUCUUUAUUCUUAAUGAUAAAUUGGUCAGGUUCACGUUGAAAUUUUAUUGAAUAUUCCAUUUUUGUAUUGAAAUAUACAGCCCGACGCCGACUUCCGUCGCUGAUUCCGACAACGCUACUUCUGCUGAAGAGAAGGCUGAGGAAAAAAAGACCGAAGAAGCCGCUCCGGUAGAGGAGAAGAAGGCUGAAGAUGCUGCCCCGGUAGAGGAGAAGAAGGUCGAAGAAGCCGCUCCGGUAGAGGAGAAGAAGGCUGAAGAGGCCGCUCCGGUAGAGGAGAAGAAGGUCGAAGAGGCCGCUCCGGUAGAGGAGAAGAAGACCGAAGAAGCCGCUCCGGCCGAGGAGAAGAAGGCUGAAGAGAAGCCGGCAGAGGCUGCCGCAGUUGAAGAGAAGAAGGAGUAAGAGCCGCCACCUCUUUUUGAAAUCAGUAUGCAGUUCGCUCGAGAUGUGUAUGCGGAACUGUAGCGUGGUUCAUUUGACGAGGUAGCAUCAAAAGAUUUGGGUCUGUAUUUGACUCCUUUAUUCUUGGAAGUUCGAAAAACGUUUGGUUCUCGAGGACCUUAGUGCCGGCUCGAACAAGGUCAAGAUUCUUGAUCUUGUCCACACUCAUUUAUUGACCAGAAAGUUGAUGUCCUCGAAGUCUAACAUCAUCAUGUUGCGCACGAUAUCAUUAAAAACUUUAGCAAUACUGUUUCUGGCUAGAGAACAUGAAAAAUUAAUGAUUUUCAUCAAAUCAGCCUACAAAAAAAUGCAGCGUCAUCAAUAAUUACUCAGAGAUCGCAACCACGACUUCCUGGUAGCUAAAAAUCUGAGAAAAAAUGUAGAUCGAUGAUGUGUAUUCCAUCAAAAAUGUGAAGCCAUUAAGCGGCGGCAUGGCUUCAUCUCUAUAGAAAUGAAAUGUCCAAGUCGAAUAACUAAUUCUUCGUCUGCGGGGAAUCUUUUUAGGCAAGGAUGCAAAUGCCAAAUGGUGCAAAAAUAUUGAUAUUGCGAUGUGCAAUUUAUGGGUUCCGACGUGUUAAUCGGGCGAUGUAUUAACUCCGUUGGAAACUCCUGAAAAAA